AACGCCCCCGGCGACAAGCAAUUCCCAUCCCAAAUACACACACACAAAUCCUGCCGCCGGCAGCCACUUCUUCAAUUUCCACUGAACUUCUGCCGAGAAACUCAGCCCGCCACGAUGGCCGGAGGAGGAGCACGGCUGGCGCUACUGGCAGCGCUCGUGUACGCCUUCGCGGUGGCAGCCACGUCAGCGCAGUCGGCGACCAACGUGCGCGCCACGUACCACUACUACCGGCCGGCGCAGAACAACUGGGACCUGGGGUCCCCCGCGGUGAGCGCCUACUGCGCCACGUGGGACGCCAGCAAGCCGCUGUCGUGGCGGUCGAGGCACGGCUGGACGGCCUUCUGUGGCCCCGCGGGGCCACGCGGGCGGGACUCCUGCGGCCGCUGCAUCCGCGUCACCAACACGGGCACCGGCGCCAACGUCGUGGCGAGGAUCGUGGACCAGUGCAGCAACGGCGGGCUGGACCUGGACUGGGACACGGUGUUCACCAAGAUCGAUACGGAUGGGAUGGGGUACCAGAGGGGCAACCUUAAUGUGAACUACGAGUUCGUCGACUGUGGUGAUAACUAGCUCGUGUAAUGGCUAGUCAUAUAUAUACCGUCGACGAGUAAGUACUGAUGCUAAAUAAAAGCUGGCAUGUGAUAUGAUCCUGGCAAUAAUGUACGUUGUGGCAAUGCAUUCGUGUAUUUGGAUUGCAAUAAAGUCCUAUAAAGUGGGUAAAUAAACGUGCAUUUGGAUUGUUCGAUGCAU